AUUGAAGACAGUUUGAGUAGCUGAUACAUCACAUCGCAAUUAAGAGCUGUUGUCAUACACAUUAAAAUUUCAAGCUUUUUUUGUUUGUUGACUCUACUGUUUCUUACGUUCAAGCGGCUGGUCAAUUAGUGACCUUGAGUCCAGCUGUUUUUGGUAUCGAAAUGUCAUCUGAGCAAUUGCUUUGGGCUGUUAAGAAUGGUGACCUACAGACCAUUAAAGACUCGCUAGAAAAUGUUUGUCAUGAUAGAUUUUAAAUAAUAUAUCAGAUGUCUAGUGUGAAUUAUGCUUUGAAAAACAACGGAAGAACGCUUAUUCAUUAUGCAGCUGACUAUGGUCAGAAAGAAAUAUGUGCGUACCUCAUAAAUAACGGUGCAGACGUAAAUAUUAGCGACAACUUCGGAGUGACUCCUUUACUUGCUGCUAUAUACGAGGGUCAUGUUGACUGUGUAUCUUUGUUGCUUAAUAAUGGAGCUAAAUUGGGGGUAGCUCCGGAUGGUUCAACAUAUGUCGAUUGUGCAACAUCCGAAGACAUCAGGAAUAUUCUAAGAAACCACAUCGUGGUAUGACUAUCAUUAUGUGAGACUAUUACGCAUACCCUUAAAGUUGUAUUUAUUGUCUUGUAAUUCCAAUGCUGCCUUAUUGUUAUAAAACAUCCGUAUUAUUCUUCGUUUGUACUGGGCCUUUACUUUCGAAACGGCAUCUAUAUGCUUUCUGCUAGUCGCUAAUAAAUAUUUUUGACUUCAUUUUAUUUUCAGCACGCAUAACUUUUGUAUGUGAUUUUUAUGUUCCACUAGAUAACUGUAAUUUAGGCAUUUAUGUUUGAGGUGAUGGACAAUAAAUGUUUUCCAAAUCAUUUGUUUUGUUUUGAACCUAUAUUUUGUAGGGUUUGUUGUGCUUGUUAUCUUUAUUUAAAACAUGGUACUCCGUUGAUAGGAAAUAGUUGUUAGCUGGAUCUUUGACUGAUAUAGUUAAGCAGAAUCAUGUGUAUCUUUAAACUUGUUAUAACUCAGGUCAACAAGUAGUUUCCUACUGAACAUAUCUAUUCUUGUUGUUUAAUGUCAUUGCUUGCCACGUAAUGCCAAC